GUAACGCAACCCCUAUCUCGAAUUUAUUUUUUUUUUCGUCCACUGAAAUAAAAAAACUCGUGAGUGUGAGUGUGAUCCGAAGCUGCGGUAGCGAUGCCUCAAGGCUGUCAUGAACUGACGCCACCCGAUCUCUGAAUGGUGUGAGUUGUGGUUGUGGCUGAUGUGAUUAGCGAUAGAAAUAGAAGUUGUAAGUUGACGAGCGUCAAAUUGUUCUCUCCAGAAAAAAUAGGAUGAAGCUGGAUCAAAUUUUGCCUUCUGAUCGGGACAAACUUCGAAGAGAUGGUCUGGUGUUGUUUAGUAAACUUAUAAGGACGAAAAACGUAGAGGGAUUGCAAGAACAGAGACAAGACAGAACUGACGAUAAGAAACAAAAACUUACGAAAUGCCUGACAACAUUGGAUUUAACGUCACUUGGUGUCGGCAGUUGCGUGGGUACCGGUAUGUACCUCGUUGCAGGUAUGGUGGCAAAAAAUUGGGCGGGCCCAGGCGUAAUUAUCAGUUUCAUCAUUGCCGCCAUAGCUAGCAUAUUUUCGGGGGCGUGUUACGCAGAAUUUGGUGUUCGAGUCCCUCACACGACGGGAUCGGCCUAUAUGUACUCGUACGUUACAGUAGGUGAAUUCGUAGCCUUCAUUAUAGGAUGGAACAUGAUCUUAGAAUAUUUAAUAGGCACGAGCGCGUGCGCGUGCGCGCUCAGCGCCUGCUUUGAUGCGCUUUCGAACAAAGCGAUUACGGAAGCGAUGCACACAAGCGUCGGGGAUUUUUUCGGACGAGAUCCCGACUAUUUAGCGUUCGUUAUAACCCUUUUUAUGACGGUGGUGCUGGUCGCCGGCGUCAAGAAAUCCCUGAUAUUCAACAACAUCCUCAACGUUAUCAACUUUUCCGUAUGGGUUUUUAUUAUGACUGCGGGAUUAUUUUAUGUUAACACGGAUAACUGGAGUAAACACGGGGGGUUUUUGGCACAAGGCUGGCCAGGGGUCUUUACCGGUGCUGCGACCUGUUUCUACGCCUUCAUAGGUUUCGAUAUAAUCGCUACCACAGGCGAGGAAGCAGCGACUCCCAAGAGGUCGAUACCAUUGGCGAUAAUCUGUAGUCUUGGGAUUAUCCUUAUAGCCUACGUAACCAGUUCUAUGAUGAUAACCCUAAUAGUACCAUGGAAAGAAGUGGAUCAGGAUUCAGCUUUAGUCGAGAUGUUUGGUUACGUGGGAGCAUAUAGGUGUAAAUAUAUCGUCGCGGUAGGUGCACUAGCUGGACUAACAGUAUCAAUGUUCGGCUCGAUGUUUCCGAUGCCCAGAAUUAUCUACGCCAUGGCCCAAGACGGGCUAAUUUUUAAGAUAUUUUCCCAAGUAUGGCCGAGCACGGGAACGCCAGCUCUGGCCACAUUUUGUAGCGGGUUAGCUGCUGCAUUAGCAGCACUUUUUAUACGAUUAGAAAUACUUGUCGAAAUGAUGUCUAUAGGAACACUCCUCGCAUACACCUUAGUAUCAACAUGCGUUUUAAUUCUCCGUUACCAACCGCAUUCUACCAAUUUGGUGGAACUUCUUCCUCAGAGUCUUAGAACACCUCUAAGAGGUUCACCGACUAAGGAUGGCAUCCAACAAAAUCCAAAUGGUGUGAGGCACCUUUACGGCAAUCAACUAGAACCAGACGCCUUGAAGCAAGCCAUCGACGCCACAUUAGGUCCUCCUGGUGCACCCACCCCUUCACCAUCGCCGCUACCCACUCAGUCUACGCAAAGAGUGAUGGUGAGAAGAGUAACGAGGAGUUCCCCAGACAGCGACGAUACUUUUGGUGGCGACGAACCAGAAGAGGAUUUUUCCAUGAGGGACGAUCAGUUUUUGGUGUCGGAUAGAACCGAAAACAAAUUUUACGGAACACUUCAUGGAGCUGGAAGCGCUACUAGUACGGGAGGUGUGGUAGGAUCGACCGUUGGUCCGAGUCUUGGUUAUAUCGGACGUAGAUUGCAGGCAGCCACGUAUUUGUGCCCAUCAAUAUUUCCGUGGGUCGAUACCGGACCGGCGACAGAAGAGUCCGGAAUGUUCGUCAUGAAGAUGGUGGGAAUCCUGUACCUGUUGAUUAUUAUUUUCGAUUUAAUCAUAGUGUACGGGAUUGAUAACAUGAACACAGCGACGAGCAUUUUCAUGUGCCUCUUUCUGUUAAGUAUCGUCGCGCUGCUAUUGGUUAUUUCGAGAAAGCCCCAAAAUAGAAGCACAAUUUUGUUUAUGACUCCCGGCCUACCUUUCGUUCCGGCCAUAGCGAUAACUGUGAAUAUCUACUUAAUACUAAAACUAUCGAAACUCACCCUUGUUCGAUUCACCAUAUGGAUGACACUGGGAUUUAUCAUGUAUUUCUACUACGGAAUCAAAAAUAGUACGUUGGAGGAACAGCCAGACGCGGACGGCAACAUCGAACUGACCGUAACUGAUCACGAAAAAGCCAAGUUCAAUAACAGCACUUCGCCCUACAAUGCUGAUCAAAACAUUUUCAGUCAGGAUCAACCGACUUACGAUUGGAAUCCGAACACCACCUGGGAUCACCAACCUUCCUGGGCCUUGCCCCCUCAACCCCAAGCCAACUCUUGGGGCCAACAGCAGUACCAAGUGGAACAACAAUACAACGUAGAAACCAAUAACACGAGGUCCGUGAUAAGCAACAUUGCCAAAUCCACGAACCCUUUUAACAGUGGCGUCGGCGAGAAGACUACAGCUGAAGUGACGAAAAGAGGUACGGUCGCUCCUGCGGCGGGAGGAAGUAUGUUCGUUAGCGACCCAUUGGCGUUCGCUAAUUGGGACGACUAGUCGCUGAAGAUGUCCCCACGUUUUGUUGUUGAAUAAUUUUAGAUAAUAAAGUUUGAAACGGUUUGCGGUUUUGGAGGUGUGGUACCCGUAAAAGGGACGACAAUUUAUCCGAUGUUACGCACAUUAUUUAACUGUUCCCUGUAUAGUGUUGAUAACCUUCCAAGUCUCUUUUUUUUCAAUAAAUCGCCAUAUUUCCGUAAAAUAGGUUUGAAAAACUUCCCUCAUGCGUCUCAAAAUAACAGACAUGAUUUAAUAAUUAUAGUAAUGAGCGUACAGAGAAAGUGAGAUUAUUUUAGAAAAUAUAUUCCGGCACAGAUUGGUUAAAUCGAGCUGUGUAUGAAAAAAUUUAUUGAAAUUACUACUUAGAUAGGGUAUCUAAUUUUAGAAGACAUAUAACACUGCAACAUUUAUUAUAGAAUUGUAAGAUAAGGUACAGGGUGAUCCGUAAUUGUGAAUGAUCCAACCCAAUAAUAGUAGUGCACACACUUUGUGGCCAUAUAGAUAUUGAUGCUUAAAAGCAACGUUAAUAUAUAAAAAAAAGUGCUUCACUAAGGAGAAAUCAAAUAAAGUGUAAUUCCACAAACACUGAUUUUUGAUGAAAAAAAUUUGAUCCUAAUUAUCAUAUAUAUUUGAAAAUAGAGAAAAAAAAAAGAUUGGACUAAAAUAAUCCACAUACUUGCGGAUACGCGUUUCUCCUAUUAAAAUAAAAAAAAAAUAGUAUCUUAAAAAUUACUGAAAAUCUAAACCCAAAUUUGUGAUAAAAUACAAUUACGGACCACGCUAAUGUUAGCCGUUCUAGUGAUUCUUACAUAUUUUUGCGUAGACAGUAAAGUUUGAGUUUGACCUGGGUUUCCUUAAAAUGAUAGAAAGUGCCAAAAUUUCGACAUUUAUAAUAAGUAAUUGAGUGAAACAAAAUUCUAAAUCGCCUAAAAUAUCUAUUUGUUAAGGGAAUAUGUAAUCAUUGCAGGACUGUAUAAAAGUAUUGCGACAAAACUAAUAACAUAUCACAAGCAAAAUAUUUUAAAUGAUUUGCCUUAACAAUAAUAUUGCAGGGCUCCUGGCAUAGAGUCGCCUCAAAAAUUGAAGUUAGCAUUUUUUUAAGCUUUAUUUGUACUCGAUAUUUGUAUUUGAUAGUCCCCGCACGUUUUUAAAGCAGUAUUUCAAUUUCGAUGCCUAUAUUAUACCAAAGUUGGUAAGUGUGAGAUUGAAGAAGCAUAUUUUCAAAAUUCAUGCUCGAUUUUUGUGUUUGUUACACCCUGGCCACAUGUUUUAGAUGAGGCGCUUACGUAGGGCGUUCACGAAGAGAAAAAGCAAAAAAAAAGUAAUUGCGAUCAUCCUGCGUAAGAAUUUUAAAAAUAUUGUGAUACUAAUUUAAAAGAAUGGGUCUCAGUAGUUUUAGCUUUAGUUGUACGUAUAAAUUUUAGAAAUAGUGUUGAAAUAAAAAAUAUACCAAUAACUUUUACAGGGUAGAUCCCAAAAUGCACAUAACAUCUCUUGGUUGGAACUCAACUGUCAAUGAAAACAAAUAAUAAAAUAUUUAUCAGAUGUCAGGCCUAAUUUUCAUGUUUUCAUUCAAAAGUAUGUUAAGAAUAGAAACUAACGAGAUAACCUAUGAUGAUUUAUCUCAAUCUACCCAUAUAUUGCACAGACGGUUUUGAUCUUUUUAAUAUACUUUGCGCAUAUAUUCAAAUUUAGAACAAUUAGUGCUUUGAGAAAUACGAGAUGUUACAUUCAAUUUUCAGUCUUUCUAUAAAUAAGGUAAGGUAAGGUUGUAUUACGUUACAUGAAGCUAUGGGUGUUUUGGUUGUGUAGUAGUUAUGUAGUACGUAUUAAUGAAUAUUCGACACUGACGUGGUGCAAGGUAUUUUAAGGGUCUUUUGUGAGGUUUUGAAAAGGUUCCCAAUUUUAAAAAGUGCAAUCCGUAAGGGUCUUCUAAAAUUAUUGCUGGGAAAUAUUCUUUAAACUUAGUUGACUAUUAAAAAGUACAAAUGAUAAAAAAGGCCGGCGGACGCUUGUUCCACAAAUUACAGCACCUGCCAUGUUUAUAAUCAAAUUUUAAAAAUAUCCCCUCCAACUGUUAGAAAUACUAGAAGAUUGUCGAACAUUGCCCUUAAUUUUUGUUUACACAAAGUUUAGAGUUGAUGUUUCAGUACCCGUUAUCAAGUGCACACUAAUUGUAAUUCUAAGGCUUAUAUACUAGACUACAAAGACUACGGAGUCGGGCACAGCCAAGCGUUAAGUUUUCAGCUACGAACCUUUUGGAAAUACACCGCAACAAUACUGGCAUUUUUACUGAAUCCUUGUCUAUCACCUUCAAGCAAUACCACUGUUAGAACUCACCAACAAAUUGAGUUUGACUGUUGUUACACUAUAUAUAUUUACGUUAUCGUGGCCGAAUAAUGUCUACCUACAUACUGUAAACAGUAUACUCAGCAAUAAGGUAUAGACCAAAAUGACAAGUGAUUAAUACAAUAAUUCCACCUGUUAAAAUUUGGGACCUUUUGAAAUCAUGAAGUCUCCGAGUAUUUACACAAAACUUCCUAAAAUCUAUUACUUGUUAAAGUGUUAUGUCCUGCGUAUAACCACAUAAAGCCUAUACAUAUUACACCAUGUGACGGUUCCGGUCUUCGGCACAAAAAUUAAUUUUAUAAUUUGACUGACAGAUUAAAUAUUACAGCAAAAUUGCACAACAAUGGUUUUUUGAUAUCUUAGAUCGUUUUGACAUAUAGAUGCUUCUGGUAAACGGUUACAGAUUGAAUAGGUAUCAUUCAAAACCAUAUUAUACCUAGCAAAAUGUUCUGUGGGAGGCGGAUCUUGAUGCUGAUGCUGUACGGCUUGUGAUUUUAUCAAACAUAAUAAACACAAUAUUUAAAUUGUUCUAGUAGAAAAACACGAGAUCUCAAUAGGAAAACUUAACUAAAUACUAUUUAUAAAGACUCUCUGAAAGCGCGAUGUGAAGAUCUUGGGAAAAUCCAGUAGACGUUGAAAGGUAAAAAAAUAGUAAUAAACGGAUUUUUAGUUAAACGGAAAUUUUCUUUCUAUUUUUAUAAUUGUAUAGAAAUCGACGACACGCCUUUUUGUAAAUACACGAGAACUCAGAGUUAUACAUACAUACGAGUUUAUCAAAUGUUUGAUCGUAUAUUCACUUAAUUUAAACGUCAUCAGUGCCUGUAUCUCUAGAAGUAUUUGGUUUAUGAUAACAGCAAGUGUAUCCAAAAGUAACAAAUGCAAAUAUCAAGUGGGAUUUGAAUCAAUCUAAAUAAAAACGUUAAUGUAUUCGAAUUCUCAGAGAAAUGGGGCUCCGAUUAUCAUUUUUCUAAAUUCAAAGAUACAAGAAACUAAGCGUUUUCACCAGUAUAUAAAUUGACUAAUUGACUAAACAUAGAGCGGCACAUUUCUACUUCUUUCUAUAACAUUAUGUCUAUAGUAUCUUAUAUUUUACAACUAAAGAUAUGCAACAUUUAAACAGUUUUACUUUUGGAUCGCUUAGUUGCCUAUAAAACUUUGAAACAGGAAGAACCUUAAAUUGUUAUAUUUUUAAAUGAUACUAUAUAUAAAUGUAUUAGUAGUUAGGACUCAGUACCAAUGUGAAAAUUCUCGACAAAAUUGUAUCUUGCUCUUUAUAAUCCGUAGAAUAAAUUUGUUGUGUAAACUGCGUCUCUGUCGGCAUUGUAUCAUGUUUGUAUUAUACACCAGCUAAGAUAUGUCAUAGCGUAAUUUUUUUCAAAUUUAACCGAAAUUAAUUAUAUAAAUUAAAAUUUUAUCUGCAAAAGUUAUAUCGACAGUAGCUCUUUUUUGAAAAAAAAAUGCGCUUUGUGGUUUUUGAAAAAUAAGUGUAUGUGUAGACAGUUUAGAAGCACUUUCUAAUUCAACAAGUAGCGUGUGCAACGAAAACAAAUGCGUUUAGUCUCUACAUAUUUUAUUAAUCUGAUUAUGGUUUGUUUUUCCUUAAAAUAACUUGUAUAAUAAUUGACUUAUAGUGAUAUAGGUAUAUAUUUCUUGGUGUUACUUCUUCCGAUGAUAUUACACUAGAUAAGUUUUAGAUAACUCAAAAUGUUAAUAAAUAUCAUUAUUCAUUGGAAAUAAAGUUGGGAAAAAUCGAAAUAUUUUAUUUCUCGUCAACUACGUAAGAUUUGUUUGCCUGGGGCUUAGAUAAAAUGGUUCGUUACGGUUCUGUCCAAAAAUGUUUCCGAAAGUAGGCAACCAGAAAUAUAUAUGCAUGGAAGAAAUCCAAUAAAAAUCCCUGUAAACC